AUGGGUUUCUCCCGGGCAUCUUCUAACGUCGACCUUUGCGGCACUGGAAAGAGCUUGACUCUACCGAGGCACUCGCUCCACAAAAGAGCAAGAUGUGGCGACGUGACCACGCAAGGAAGCAGAAACAGCAGGCAUCAGAAUGAAGAGGUGGAGGUAAACCGGUGCCCCAAAACCCCAGUUAAGACUUCACCUUGUCUCCUUGCAAGCCAUCCUAUGGCUUCCAGGUCAAUGAAGAUGCCUGACGACUUCAAUAUAUAUUAUCUUCUUAAGGAUGCCCUUUCCUCCGAGAAUUUGAAUGAGACCCACGAGGAGACCAAUCCACAGUACCAAGGACUGACCGGCUUACGCAACUUGGGCAAUACAUGCUACAUGAAUGCUGUGAUCCAGUGCCUCUGCAGCAUAUCCCCGCUGGUGGAGUAUUUCCUCUCUGGCAAGUAUAUAACAUCCCUGGACAAAGAUAAUGGAGAGAUCGCAACGGCUUUUGCCUACCUGAUGAACGAAAUGUGGCUUGGGGACUUUGACUGUGUAUCCCCGGAGGUAUUCCGACUGGUCAUUGGUGAGCAAUAUCCCACUUUUCUCAAGAAGACCCAACAAGAUGCCCAGGAGUUUCUGAUUCACGUGUUGAAUGAACUACACGAAGCUCUCAAGAAGUCGAGUAAAAGGAGAAAUCAAGGCACCACGUCGACUGCUUGGGAAUCCAGGCCUUCUGUCACUGAAUCCUCUAUAAUCACCCGGCUUUUUGAAGGACACCUCAGCUACUACGUCAUGUGUUUGGAGUGUCAAACCACCACCUACAAAAAUGAGAUCUUCACCGUUUUAUCUCUCCCUAUCCCUUACGAGACUGAAUGCUCGCUAGAGGAGUGCCUCGAAUGUUUCUUUCAGCAAGACAUGCUAACUUGGAACAACCAGAUCACUUGCUCCAGCUGUGGAACGAAGCAAGAUGCUGCCGUGAAAGCCAGCAUCGCCAAAGCACCCAAGACGGUGAUCUUCCACUUGAAGAGAUUUGAUUGUCAAGGAAGUUACAAAAAGAAACUGACAACUGACAUCUACUACCCUCUGAACAACUUGGAUCUGUCCCCUUAUAUCUAUCCACUCUUUCGGAAAAAUCCAAAAUACAGCUUAUUUGCUGUGGUGAACCAUUUUGGAGAUCUGGACGGCGGCCACUACACGGCCUUCUGCAAGCACACCAUCUCCCAAAACUGGUACAACUUCGACGACUCUCGCAUUAGUGAGAUUGCAGAGUCGGCUCUCCAAACUCCGGACGCUUAUCUCCUGUUCUAUAGCAACCAAAGUUUCUCUGUGCCAGUGAAAAACCAAAGCUGUUAAGAACAGACAGAACAAGAACGAAGUGGUGACAGUGUUAGCAUAAACGUGCGCAAACUGGUGAGUCGAGUUUUGAACGACUGUUAAAAGAAGAUAUGUCUGCAUUCCUGUCCCUGUGUUUUGGCUGUAAGAAAGCGAUUCAGAAACCAGAUCCAGGAAGCACCGCUACUUUCUGCAGGGAAGGGACAGAUGCAGGAUUUGAACAUGUGUUUGUUAAUCUGCCACGUGAUGUAGCAUAGCCCAAGUUAAAUAAAUGGUUCCCGGACAA